GCGCAGCUCGCUGGUGGCGCGGCUGGACACAGCUGGAAGAGACUCGGGCCCCUCGGGCGCGGCGGCCGCUGGCGGAGAGAUGGAGAUGCAAUCCUAUUACGCCAAGCUCCUGGGCGAGCUGAACGAGCAGCGCAAGAGGGACUUCUUCUGCGACUGCAGCAUCAUCGUGGAAGGGCGGAUCUUCAAGGCCCACAGGAACAUCCUGUUCGCCAACAGCGGCUACUUCCGAGCCCUGCUCAUCCACUACAUCCAGGACAGCGGGCGGCACAGCACCGCCUCCCUGGACAUCGUCACCUCGGACGCCUUCUCCACCAUCCUGGACUUCCUCUACUCCGGGAAGCUGGACCUGUGUGGGGAGAACGUGAUCGAGGUGAUGUCGGCCGCCAGCUACCUGCAGAUGAACGACGUGGUGAACUUCUGCAAGGCGUACAUCAGGUCCUCCCUGGAUAUUUGCCGGAAGAUGGAGAAGGAGGCUGCGGUGGCGGCAGCGGUGGCGGCGGCGGCGGCGGCAGCGGCUGCGGCGGCCGCCGCUGCUGCUGCUCACCAGGUGGACAGCGGAAGCCCGGGUUCUGGCAAGGAGGGGACCUCGUGUGGAACCAAGAAGAGCCUGGUGUCCUCUCCUGUCCAGGGAGAGGAGAGCGUGGACUGCUCGAGAGAGCCCCCUUGCGGGGACUGCGGGGACUGCCACCCCUUGGAACUGGUGGUGAAAGACAGCCAGGGCCUCUCAGCGCCGGCUACAGGGCUGGGGCCCAAGGUGGAAUUCGGAGCUGACGGGGUGGAGGUGGAAGCGGCUGAACAGCUGCAGCAGUACGCUGCCCCCCUGGGCCUGGCCCGUGCGGACGAGGGCCUGCCCGGCAGCCAGGCCGUGGACCUGGCCUACGGGAACUACCACGUGAAGCAGUUCCUCGAGGCCCUCUUGCACAACGGUGCCGUCCAGAGCAAAGACGACGGGGACCAUGGCUUUCCCCGGAGUUUGGAGGGAAGGCCAGACGGUGCAGGUGUGGCCGUGAGCUCCGUGAUGGACGUCCAGACGGACUGGUAUGCAGAAGACUCAGGUGAUGUGCUGGUGGUCCCCAUCAAGCUGCACAGGUGUCCCUUCUGCCCUUACACUGCCAAGCAGAAGGGCAUCCUCAAGCGGCACAUCCGCUCGCACACGGGAGAGCGGCCCUACCCCUGCGAGACCUGCGGCAAGAGGUUCACCCGGCAGGAGCACCUGCGCAGCCACGCCCUGAGCGUGCACAGAUCCAGCCGUCCGAUCAUCUGCAAGGGCUGCCGCCGAACCUUCACGAGCCACCUGUCCCCGGGGCUGCGGCGCUUCGGGCUCUGUGACAGCUGCACCUGCUUCGCAGACGCACGUGAUGAGGACGACGAUUUGAUGCCCGUUAACCUCAGCCUCGUGGAAGCUUCCUCCGAGAGCCUGGAAAAGAGCGACACGGACAACGACUGGCCCAUCUACGUGGAGUCGGGUGAGGAGAACGACCCCGCGGGAGAUGACUCGCAUGAGAAGCCACGGGUGCGGCCCGGCUUCCCAGACGGAGAGCCACUCACGUAGCGACAGAUCAGCGGGGGAAAAGUCUUAGCGUUUGUUGUGGCCCGUCCUGUGGUUGAAAGCCACCAUUUGUCCAACUUGGUGGCAUCGAGAGAAACACGUUUUCCCUGUUGUUAGUUAUGUUUGCAUUGUUGAUAGACUCCGUGGCAGAGGCUGGACCUUGUGAAGCAUCACUUUCUUGUACGGGGCCCUCGGCUUCUGAGGGCUGGCCUGGCCCCUCCUUAAUUCUGAGUGAAUCAUGACGGCUGGCCCCCAGGCCACGGGUUUCCUCCUGUGCACCCAAACUCUGCAUGGGAAGACAGAAACUCUCUCACUCGCCUUUGCGCGGUCUCAAUCCCUUCCGUUCCUUCUCAGAAAAGGUGGACAAGGAUACAGCACGUUUCGGGUCGGCCUUCCCUCUGCCAAGCCCCCCCAUUGAGUUCCGCAGUUUAAUUCUCUGGCAGGGGAGUAAAGAGUGAUCCACAGGAAGCAGGCAGGGCCGCCUGGCUCCCCCACCCUGAGAGGCGCUCUCUGCAUCUAAAACCGCAGUUCUAAAGGCGCAGACAAGCGUGGCGUGGGCCAAAGGGCUCAUUAGAGCACCCUGGCUUGGCCAGUUUUAAGUUAACGCUGGGAAGAGAGCCUGAGAGCAGGACGAGGCGGUUUCCCUGUCUAGUCUGCUCUCUGACGGUUCUGCACGCUUGCAGAUAAUCCGUCCUGUGAGCCUGCAACGGGACAUUUGGGGAAAACGCUAAGUGUCCCCCUAUUGUUUCCAGCCACUUCCAAAAGCCAUUGCCCUGUAUCCCGGAAGCGUGGCUGGCCCUGACAUUGUUUUACUAAGUGCAUGCCUAAAACUUUAAUUGGAGGAAAAGUGCUAGACCGUAUAUUUGUAGAUUAUUCGCCUCUUAAAAGAUUCCUUUGAGGGAAAGAGAAGGUUACUAAAACAGGUUUCUUAAAACUCGUCACUUUUCACCCACUUUGCAGUCUACGCAAGAGAGGCUGAAUUCUGUGAGGGACCAAAGGACAGGAAAUAUGAGGGAUUAAGGAUGUAAUGGAAGGCACUUUCAUCAUGUUGUGCAAGUCUGGUAUUAAAGUGCCCAAGCAGGUUUUAAAAGAAAACUCCUUUCCCCCUUUCACUUUAGAAGAGCUGUGUUGCAAAAGGUCUUUAAGUCAUUUUUCUUUCUCAGACAAUACAUAAAUAAAUAAAUGCCGUUAUAAAUUGUCAUGUAAAUGUUAGUUGUUGAAGAGUUAGAAAAGGUUAAUAUCUCACUUCUCAACAGUAAUCGGCAUUCUAGAAGAGGGGAUUAUUUUCUAAGGAUCUAGGACAAGGAAACUCAGAAAUCAAGGACUAAGUGUGUAGACCCUCUCGUAAUACUGUGGCGUCUACACGUGUGAUCGUGGCCUUGUCUGCUGUAACAGGGCGUGCACUGCUCCGGGUGAGGUCAUCUGGGGAGCCACAUAGAACAAAGGCAGGCUACCGGUACACUCAGUAGGACCAUAUUCUGCAAUAGAUUGGCAAUUUAAAAGCGCAUCUUUUACUACAGGUAGUUGGUAAAGUAUUGUUCUGGAUCACUUGUUACACUUUAAUCAGGGACCACGAAUGCUUUUCUUACCUGAAAUGAAAAUAUUAACAGUUGUUUUAACAGAGGGAUCUUAGCAAAAGGCAAACAUCCCUGGAUGUGUAAAAGAUUUACUUUGCGAGGAGUCUUGCUCCAUAGUUGUUCUUGCUUUGUUUAAAUUAUUUCUGAUGUUUGAAUGUGACUCUUCUACCUCGCGGUUAACUUCUCUGCUGACUUCCUCCAGUUGCCCUAGGAGCCUCUUCAGUAACGCUGCGAUCCAUUCAAAUCACCGGGUGAAAAAUUUUACAUUAGCAGUGCUGUGUAAGAUGGCGACUCUCGCUGCAGGGCGAUGUUGCCUGGGCCAGAAGACCUCUGGCAAUGUCUGGAGAGGUACUCGGUUGUUACUGCUCAGGGCAGGGUGCUGCUGAUACCUGGUUCGUGGAGGCCAAGGUCAGUGCGUAACAUCCUACAGGGCCCGGGCAGCUCCCCCAGCACAGAAUUUCCUAGUUCAAAAUGUUGAAAGUAUGGAGGUUGAGAAACUCUGCUGUAAGAUAAAACGGGACUUUUUAAAUAGAGUGAACUUCACUUUGUGUUCUGUAGCUGAGGACAGAUGGUUCACAGCUUGCCCAAGGUCUGAUCUCGGUUUGUGCUGUGAAAACUUGGGAACUCUAUGAUUCAGACACUGGUAUUAGGCUCCGAUCACUUUGUUAAAUUUGUAAGUCACAGCAUCACUGGGAAGAAAACAGAACAUGAAGUUUAAUAUAAAUGAGUCUCUUUCUUCCAUAAUGUCUCAGAUGGUUGCCCUCCUGGUUGACUGAUUAGUUUGUGUAACUUACGCAAUAUCAGCCAUCAUUGGUGGAUUCUGCUCCUUUCAAAGGAGCUCACUUCCCGUGUCUGAACGACCGGAUCAUAAACUAGUCGCCUGCCAAAGUUACAUUCACAUUUUUGGUGGUCGGUAUUUACAGUCACGACGUCUUCCAGGUUUCAUGCAUAGAAUCAGGGAUAUUUUUAUAAGUGAAUUCACAAUUGGGCCCAACACAGAUUAUAAGUGAUUUAGUUUCUAUUCCCGCAUCUUUCUGGCGCAGUCGGUCCAAGUUCACAAAGGGAUAUUUUUGUCUCACAGUAGACAGGCUUCUUUCCCGUAAUGGAAUUCACAGGUGGCAUUGUUGGGCAGUCGUUUCUUUGGGGGGAUGGGAGCCCCUUUCUGCAGGGUCAGGAAGGCAUGUAAAUAAGACCCAGGACUGUAAUAACCAAGAAGUGACACAGGGCAUCAGAAUUCCUGAUCAGUUAGCAGAAAGAUGCCACUCUGAUGUAAAUAUUUUGCUGGCUACUGACUUUGCUGUCUGCACAGUGUUGUGAAGUUGAGUGUUCUGGUGGUUCAGAAUACUGGCUUUUUGUUGCCCUUAAUGGACGUUGUGAUGAACCCCACAGGGAGGAAGACAACAGGUAGGGCUGCCUGUAUCAGUUCUAAAAGCAGCAGGGAGAUGCGAGUAGCCUUUUGUCAACUGAAUUCACACGUUCACUUGGACCUAUAUGUCUUUCCUGUGUGUCCCUUGGGCGUUGAGAAUAGAAUGACUUCCAUGAACUCUAGCUUG